AUGUUGAAGCACAAAAAUGAUGAAAUUAUUUUGAUCUUAACAUUUCUUUUACUUGUCUCAAACUUAUUUUGGUUGAUGAGUCAAAAGAAAGUGAAGGAAUGUAAGACUACUAGUAGUGGCAAGAAAAAUGUACAAAUAUUCCUAUUAGCAGGGCAAAGCAACAUGGCAGGACGCGGUGGAGUGAUAAGAAAAAUUGUUGGAGGAAAUGUUACCAAAGUUUGGAAUGGCUUCGUGCCUAAAGAAUGUAAACCAAAUCGUAAAAUUAUACGAUUUAACGUAGCUCAAAUAUGGGAAGAGGCACACGAGCCUCUAAAUUAUGGGAUCGAUUGUUUAGCGAGUUGUGGACUUGGCCCUGGAAUGGCAUUUGCUAAUGAAAUACUUAAAAAAGACACAAAUUUUGGUGUAAUUGGUUUAGUACCUUGUGCUAGAGGAGGAACUAGUUUGUAUAAAUGGAUUCGUGGGUCGUAUGCUUAUGAUGAAUUGGUUAAAAGAGCAAAAUUUUCUGAAAAAGAUGGAGGAAUUAUUAGGGGGUUAUUGUGGUAUCAUGGUGAAAGUGAUGUAAAAGGAGGAAAUGGAUUCAAAGAUUAUAAGAUCAAUUUGGAGAAAUUCAUUCAUGAUUUGCGUAGUGAUUUGAAUUCUCCUAAUCUCCCCAUUUUACAGGUUGUCCUACCAUAUCCUAAAAAGCCAUUUAAAGGGCCAUAUAUAGAAGAAGUGAGAGCAGCCCAAUUGGCAAUCAACAUCUCAAAUGUAAUAAAGAUUGAUGCUAAGGGACUUGAAAUAGGUCCAGAUGGCAUUCAUCUCACUACUACAGCACAAGUUCAACUUGGUCAUAUGUUUGCUGAUGCUUUUUUUAGCCUGAAUAAUUUUACAUCGUCGAAUACCUAUAAGUUUCUUUAA